AUGACGACCGCGGGUCGCCUCUGUUCUCUCCCUCUCGCCUCUCAGCGCCGCCGCUCAGCCAGGAGUCGGUGCUGCGGGCGUCCGCGGCCUUGCUUCGCGUCUUGUAGCAAGCUUUACGGGGAGGCCGCGACGGCAGCGCACACUAAAAUUGGUCUGCACUGCAGUCAGGCCGCGAAUCUUCUUCGCCGAGAACUGUCGUUUUCCGCGAGUAUCCAGAGUCUCACCCUUUGCCACGCGGCCCAAUCGGUCCUGAGAGCCCUGACAGGAGCCGCACGCGAUGCAUCCUCGCGAACUGGCGCAGAGUGCGGGACGACGCGCGCUCUCUGCAUCGCCUCCGCAACGGGGCGACGCGAUUGCGCCACGCCUUCAGGUGGAGCAGAGACACUGAAUGGGAAGCGAGGAGACGCAGGCGCGAGAGCCUGCCACAGCCUGAGCAGCCCAAGUUGCAGUCUUGAGGCCGGCGCGGAGUUCGCGGCAGAACCCCGCGACCACGACUGCAACGGCGACGCCUUCAUCUCGCCUUCGACGGGAAGUAUCCUCCGACCAAAAACAAAUGCUGCCUGCUCAGCGUCGUUUCCAUGUAGUGAAACCCUCCUUUUUGAACAGCCGCCGUGCACUGUGAUAGACCCGUGGCAGCACCUCGAAACCAACAGGGACCUUCUGCAGUCGCUGCUGCCCUCCGCUGUCGGCGCCCCGGACGCGCAGGAGGAGAGCACAAGUGAGGGAAACAAUGAAUUCGAGGUUGAAGGUGCCCCGGCCUCCGCGCGGCGGAGGGGGGGGCGCUUGGAGGCCUAUGGGGCUUCUGGGAAACAGCCAGAGAUCUGUUGGCUGCAGAGCGAGACAGAGGGGCGAGGCGACCAAAGGCAAAGCCUGGCGCGUACGCGGAGACUGCUGAAAUCUCCUCUUGAUCGCUACCUCGCAUUCAUCACAAAGCACGCUUCUGCUCUCGACUUCGUUGAGCAGAGUCUCGGCUCAGCCGUUGUUGCAGCCUCUCCUUCGUCUGCGUGCGAUGAAGCAUACGCCCUCGACGGAUUGACGCUUUCUCGGCCGGCAGCCCCUUCUCCCGGGUUCUCGCCUUUGAUCCCUUCUGUGCGCGAGGCCUUCGAGGAGGAAGAGCGACGAGUGCUUGAAGCGGUCUGCGGAAAGACUGUGGGAGAGAUAGCGAAGAGUCAAGCCAUGGCGGCUCUCUGUCGCUCCCCUAACGCAGCACUCCAGGCAGAGGUGCGUUCGUCUGCAUCGCACGCUCCUUCACCCUCAAACUCCUGGCCAGCGGAUCUUGGACCAUCAGACGAGUCGCAGGGCUGCCCGCGAGAUAGGCCCUCGGCCACACAUGCCGCGGAGCGAGGCCGAAGGAAGGCGUCAGAAGAAGGCAAAGCGCACGGCGGUGAAGCUGGGGAGCGGCAAGCUGAAGGCGGUUGGCGCAGAGUCAGAGAGGCCGCGCUGCUACAAGUUGAGGCGGCGGCGGAGGCCGGCGAGCUGGCUGAGGCGAUUCAUGUCGAAGUGCUGGAGGGGCGCAUGGUUUACUACGAGCGCCCUUCGCCGUUCUCGCCUGGGCAUGUCCUGUUCUGCCGGCGCGCCUUGCCGGGGAGAGACGUCACUUUGGGCGACAUUUCGAAGCGAACGCACCCCGGCGCCGCGGGGGAGGCCACCAGCGACCAGGAGGCGCCGGCGACAACGAGGGAGACGCGAGGAGACGAAGCAACGAAGGCGUCUGAAGCUGCCGCGCUGGAGGCUCGUUCCGACCGGACGCUGACGCUGGCGGACGUGCUGAGGGCAGAACGGCAAGGGCGGCGAAAGGCGAGGGAGGAGGCUCUCGAGACAGAGACAAACAUGCAUGCAGAAGACGCGGGUGCGCUGUCGCCCUUCCUCCUCGAACGCCCAGGAGUCUGGACAGCGCUGGAUGUCCUGAGGAGCGAGCAGCAACUCAUCGACCUAGGCUGGUUGGCUGCGCGGGCGCAGCGGCAAACUCCGCCUUCGCCCGAGGCGCAGAGCGAAGAGAUGAGGCUCGAGGGAAUGGAAAAAGAGCUUACAGCGACGGAUGCAGGUGUCUGCAGACUGGGAACAGUCAAAGUUUUUGAAGAGGCGGGUCUCCUAGGUUACACGCGGUGUCUAGACAGCUCAGACCGCUAUACACUUCACUUCAAGGACCUCAGGCACCCGACGCCUGCGGGCUUGUUCUCCUCUGCCGAGAUCCCUGCGACAUUUUCCCGCCCUUCUUUAAUAAUCUCCGCUCUGUCAAUGCGUUCGCCGGCUUCCUGUGAGCACGCGGGAGACGAUGCGCAGCACCAGAUAGGCGACAGGCUCCCGUCUGCCCCGUUCGAGUGUGAGGAAGUGGCAGGCGUCUCUCUCGGCUUCGUGAAGGAUUUUGAGUUUUUCGCAUGCACGUCAGAGAGUGUGGAAUCUGGGAAGCGAGACGAUCCCACGCUGCCUGGGUCUAAGCGAGCCGGCGAUGAACUGCCGAGAAAGGAGGUACAAACAAGGUUAGGCGCACGCGAGGGCAUGGAGGCGCAGGAGGAACCCAUCUUCCUGGGCUGCCUGUACUCCGCAGUGGAAGCACAAAGUGGAAGACCUCACAUGCUGCGCCGGUGCCUUUUGGCUCUGUGGCGCCUGAGUCGAGCCUCGCCGGCCGCAGCAAGGGAUGCAACUCCAGCGGCUGCGCCCUCCACGCCCGUACCGCCUCGUCUCGAGCUGCUUCGCGACGAGCUUGUCCUCGAUCUGAGCGACACUGCGAAAUGGAGCAGCAUGCACCUCGCGCUCAGCAAAACGGCCGACGGCCGCUUCUUCAUCAUCACAGCGACCUCGCGCUCACGCACAGCCACCUGGAUUCUGAGCGCCUCACACCCUCUGGACAGUCUGCGGCCGGUCGUGGACGGUCCUACACACUGCGUCACAAGCUGGAAGGAUCAUCUUCUUCUCUUCGACGUUUCGAGCCCCGGCGCUCUCUCGGCGUUCUCGCUGUCUCUCCGAGCUGUCCUGGAGGGACGGGGGAUGGACAGCUGGAUGCGUCGUCGCUCUGCGCCUCUCGCGUCGUUUUCCUACCCGGCCUGCGCUGAGGUGCCUGACGACGCGCGGAGGGAAGGGAGCGCUCAGUUGCUUUUUCAGCUUUGCGCCUUUCACUUCUCCGACCUCGACUGCACUGAACACGGCCUCGCAGUAUACGGGCUACGACCCCCGAGCUGCCCAGUGGUCAUGAAGAUCGACCUUGAAGAAGAGACAAACGGUUUAGGCGCCUCUGAAGAUCGUUGUCGGAGCCCUAAGCUCCAAGCUGCGUGUGUGCCACCCUCGCCUCCUCCGUGCUCGCCGUCUUCGGCUCUUUCAUCGUCUCCUUCUUUGAUCUCUUGUUCCUCCAGUUUGCCUGAACUCUUGGCGCCUGUCCGGUCGUCUCCCGUCUCCUCGCUUCGCGCUCGCAUCUUCGAAGUUCGACUUCCUCUGCCGGCUCGCAGGCCCAUUGUGGGCUGUCUUCAGCCGGCUGCGAACAGCCAGUUUUCGUCGCCGUCUCUUCACUUUUCUCUCCAGUCGCCCUUCGAGCCCUGUCUCCACUAUUCCUUGAAUCUGCGCACGGCCCGCGUGGAAGCUCAACGCCUGCAGGAGGCCGACCGCGAAGUGCUCCAAACGGCUGCCAGGCUCUUUCACUCGCGUUUCUUUCCCGCCGCUGCAUCGCCCACGCCGCCUGCCCGGCUCUCCGCCCUCGCUUUCGCUUCGCCGCCUUUUCUGGCGCCUUCCUCGGCGUCUGCCGUGCGAGGCCAGGGGCGCCUCCUCGAAGCCGCUGACUCUAUGGGCGAGAAGCAUGUGACGCAUGGCAUGUUCGCCAGGGCUGGGGGGCGGAACAUGGCAGAGGCCUCGGAGAUCAGCGAGAGGGACGCGCGAGGAAACAACGAGUGCUCAAGAGAGAGGACAGUGGACUCUGGCAGCGAAACGCCGGCAGAGGCUUUGGCACCUGCGGAGAAAGUCGAUACUUCCCUUGGGGUAGCAGAGAUCGUCUAUUUUCCAUCGAGGGAUGGAAAUUAUCGCAUCCCUGUCACGAUUCUUCUCUCCACAGCCGAUGCAGAGGACUCGAGGAGGACGCGGAUCCUGGGGAAGCGUGAAAAGAAUUCCAGCGCAGACGCGACUGGAGAGCGGGGCACGAUAUGGGCGAGGCAUACGAAGGAGGGGAAGGCGGAUGCACAGACGGCGAAGCAGCCAGAACCGAAGACGGGCUUUCGGGAGAGCGCCGGCGGCAUCCCAGAGGAGCUGCACGUCGCGCGCUCCCACAGUCCGGCGAGCGACUUCCUUCAACUGCAUUCGCUUCCUUCGCCAGGGCCUGCCACGGGUGGUGCCGCGAGCGCGGCUUCAUUCUCCAUUCCGGUCGCUCCCUUCUCCUCGUCUUUCUUCCCUGCACCGUAUUCUUCCUCUCGAUCUUCUCUCGGCUAUGCGCCACGGUCGCCACAGUUCUCCUCGCAUCCUGCUGCUGCCCACUCCGCCGCCGCUUCACCUUCUCCUUGUUCGUCUGUGCCUCUUCGUGAGUUCGCCUCUUCGUGCAACUGUGCUGUCGCGUCGGCGCCUCUCCUCUCGUUCUCGCCUUCUUCUCUUUUCCUGCCGCGAGCGCCGUCGCCGCUCUUACUUCUCGCCUAUGGAGCCUACAAGCGGCCUCUGUCUGUCGCCUUCUCUCCGCUGCAUCUGAUGCUGCUUUCUCUGGGCUGGCGCGUGGCGUUCGUUCACUGCCGCGGCGAGGGCGCCGCGGAGAACGAGGGCACGCACAACGGGCGCGGCCUGCGGAAGCACGAGACGCUGGACGAUCUCGAAGACGCGCUGAACGCGCUAGUCGCGCUCAACGUCUCCAAGAGAGAGCAGAUUUUCCUCAAGACGUCCUCUGCCGGCGGCGUUCUGGCGGGCGCGUUUCUCGCCUUCCAGCACAUGCGCGGUCAGGUCCGGGCCCUGGUGAUUCGUCACGGCUUCUUCGACGUCUUCACAGCGAUGCAGGCGCACGACGCUCACGACCUCGCGGCUGAGGACGGCGAGCGGCGGCAAGCGACAGACGCGGUGCGUGAGACCCAGACGGCGGAGCGAGGCGAGGCGACGCCGGAGGACGGCGGCCUGCGGGCGCUGGAGGAAGUCGAAUGGGGGAAUCCAAAUGUCCGCGACGCGACUUCAGCCGCCGAGAGAGACGAGCGGCGGCGCCACCUUGCCAACAUUCUCUCCUUUAGCCCGUACAGCAACUUCCAUCCGCCGCGCCGCUUUGCUCACGCCCUCGCAGCGCCGGCCUGCGCAAGCUGUUCACUCGAAGGCAGAGAAGGCGACUGGCAGCUGCGCCGCCUCGACGGGACCCUGUCGCGGGCUUCGGCCCGCGUACCCAGUCCCAGGUCUCCUUUUGUUUCAGGCUCCAAGGGGCCUCCCGGCGGGGCGGAGCACGGCGUCGCAGGCGCGCUGAGAUGCGCCGCAGAGCGCCGGCCGCCCGCGCCAGAGGAGGCAGAAAAGAAGCAACGCGACGGUGCGCCUCUGCAGGCGGCGACAGGCUCUCCGUCGAGCGAACAGACGCAUGCCUGGUGGCAGCGAGCGUCGCAUCCAAAGAGAAGCCGAAGGGAGUGGCCUGCAGUCUUCUUGACAGCCUCUCUAGGCGACACGAUCGUCAGCCCAUGGCACAGUGCGAAGAUCCUCGCGAAGCUCGAGCGCAUGCGCCAGCUGCGACAACGCAUGCAACUCGCGUCGCACUGCGCGAACGACGACCCGCGCAGAGCUGAAGGGCAGGGAUACGGGCCCCCUCGCAAGAAGCGACAAUCGCAGCUUAGCGCGGAGACAGGAAGCGAGAGCCCUGCUGGAGAAAGAACAUCAGGCGCACUCCUGAGGGAUGCCGCUGAAGGAGUGGAAGCAAGGGACGAUAAAGACAAAGCGGCUUCACUGAAGAGGAAGACAAGUAGAUGGACGGUUGAAUCUGCUUUUGAACACAGCCGGGCGGAAAAGGGUGCGGGCCGCGACGACGAAGCUGAAGCUUGUGAACGCUCCGAGGCUUCGCAUGCGUUCUUUGCCAAGGCCGUCGAGGGCCGCAGCAGAAAGAAGAGAAGCAGCGAAACAAGAAUCUACAGCUCGAAAGAUAUGCGCGUGGCCUCUACGCGAGAGCAAAACGCCUCUGAAGACGACUUUGUUCUUUUCAAACUCAGCGGAGAGGAGGAAGGCCACUGCGGCAGAGGAGACAUGCUUUCGCGGUUCCGCGACGAGGCGGAGGAGCUUUGCUUCUUCUAUCGCGUGCUAGAGGACGACAAGGCUUCUGCGAUCAAAGAGAAAGCAGCUCGUCAAGAGUGCGGUGACGCGUGA